AUGCAGAAGCUCGACAGCGUGCAGUCGAGGCCUGUUCCAUGGGCGGCCGCAGCACUCCUCGCCUUCACCUUCAAGCUUGCUGCCGCCGGCUACGACAUCGCCCGCGACGCCGCCGCCGUCGGCUACGACAGCGCCCGCGCCGCCGCCGCUGCCCAGGGAGGGCAGCUGCCCGUGGCGUGGCGCAGGGUGGCUCUCUGGGCCCGGCGGCAGAGCCGCCGAAGGACGAUAGUACGGACCUGCCGGAGACUCAAGAUUGCUAGACUAGCCAUAUUUGAGCGGCUCCGCAGGGCGGGAUACUUGGGCGGCCGAGUGGCCGACGCCGCGCGGCGCAUUGCUGUUCGUGCAUGGCCUCGUGCAUGGCCAUGGGUACGCGAGAGGCUUCGCGGACUGCGGACGCGGUUGGAAGGCACGCAGGUGCUCAGGAAGCUCCAGCCGGGCCGCUAUCAGUACACCUACUGGUUGUUCGACAACGUCCUCGAAAAGAACCGCUGGAGCGCGCGGCCCUGA